AUGAUGGAGAAGCUACAAGCGUUCGUUUUCCUCUUCACUGUUGUUUUUGCUUUUAUGGUGCCAACUACUAUAGCCCUCGGUGCCCCCUGGAGCUCAGAUAACGAUACUCAGAUCCCGGAAGCCAGUGACUAUACAAGUGAACGUGCCAAACUUGCCGAGAAGGCUUCCAUUUCUGUAGAUGGAAAGAAUAGUUCAAGGAGGAGCCUAGCUGGUUGCGAACCCACGAACCCAAUAGACAAUUGCUGGAGAUGCAAACCCGAUUGGGCAGAUAAUCGACAAGCAUUAGCCCAGUGUGUGAAGGGUUUUGGAACCGGAACCACCGGUGGUGCAGGCGGAGAAAUCUAUAAAGUCACCGAUCCUUCAGAUGUGGACGCUGCAGCACCAGUGGAAGGAACGCUGCGUUGGGGUGUCACCCGAGAACGACCUUUGUGGAUCAUCUUCGAGAGAGAUAUGGUGAUCAAUCUCAUACAUGAGCUUGUGAUUACUUCCGACACCACAAUCGAUGGUAGAGGUGUGAAGGUCGAGAUCUGUAAUGGCGCAGGUCUCUCCGUUUACAAGGUCAAAAACGUCAUCGUUCACGGCCUCUACAUACACGAUAUUAAAGAAACUAAAGGCGGAACUAUUGCAAGUGGAGAAGGGAAACCAGGACCAAGAUCAGAGGCUGAUGGUGAUGCUAUCAAGGUUUUUGGUUCCACACAGGUUUGGAUCGAUCAUUGCUCGUUUGCCGGAGGCCCAGAUGGGCUUGUGGAUGUCACCAUGGGUAGCACUCUCGUCACCGUUUCCAACUGCAAAUUCAACGAUCAUGAUAAAGUAAUGUUGCUAGGGGCAGAUGAUUCGCAUUCUGAAGAUAAAAUUAUGAAAGUGACAGUGGCAUACAACAAGUUUAGUACAGGAUGUGUUCAAAGAAUGCCAAGGUGUCGAUGGGGUUUUUUCCAGGUUGUUAACAAUGAUUAUGAGAAAUGGGGAUUGUACGCAAUCGGUGGUACCUCCAACCCGACUAUCCUCUGUCAAGGAAACCGAUUCGUGGCUCCUGAUGAUAAAAAUAAGAAAAAGGUGACAAUGAGGGUAGGUGUGGAAGAGGCAGAGUGGAAGAAAUGGAAUUGGAGAUCACAGGAUGACCUUUUAUUAAAUGGAGCCGUGUUCAUAGAUUCCGGCAGUGAUCCACAGCUGACACCUGAAGAGCAAGCCGGAAUGAUACCACCGGAACCAGCCUCCACCGUCGAAACGCUCACCAAAGACGCUGGAUUUCUCGUAUGCUCGCCUGGAACACCUUGUUAA